AUGAACUGUACUCCUAUUGAUCACUCCCGCAGUAGUAGUACCUUUCGGUGUCCUCACCGACAAGACAGUUGGAUCUCCUCCAUGUAUGCCAACACCAUGAUUCGAAUGUACCAAGGAACUGAACGUGAUCUAUUUACGCAAUGCAUAGGACUUCCUAUCCCAAUGAACGAUAGUAGUCCAGAGGUUUGUUGGCCAAGGCUCAUUAUUCUGGCUUCGUGGCCGACCAGUGGAAGUACAUUGAUACGGAAUCUACUUCAAACCAUGACGAUCCCAAUGGAGAUUGCCAUGCACGAAUACGAAGAGCGAGAUCAACUUUUGUAUUCUAUAGAAAAAGGAAUGGGGAACCGCUCCUUGCAAAUUUUUGGAAGUGUGAAGCGACCUGUAGCGCUUCCGUUGUUGGGGCGGGCUCUGAUAUUCAAGUCUCACACUGGCUCGGAAACGAAUGGUUCCAUCGGUCAGGAAGAGAAUGCCCACCAGAUCCAACAAGCCAGACGGUUGGGUCGAUUGCAUGGGAUCAUUCGGCUAGCUCGCAACCCUGGUGAUCACAUUUUGCGGAAUCGCUUUCGUUGGGGAGAUCCAACUUGCUACCGAAUGGGCGAUGACUGUUUCUUUGAAAAGGCAGGGUCCUUUUGCAAGGACAUGGUUGACGAAGCACACAACUAUAACGCCUUUCAUGACUUUUGGUGGGAUACUGUAUUCCAUGACGAAAAUGAUUUCCCACAGAUCAUUGCUCACCAAGAAGACUUUACCAGUGUGGUACAUGCCAGUGAAACGGUCGUAAAACUCCUGAAAUUUACCAACAGUCUUGUUCGGGAGAUGGAUUAUCGCCAGUUUAUCACUCAAUCUCGGGUGAAUGAUAUGCUGGGUCGAAUCAAGGAGCCAACGUAUGAACACGGGACACUUUUGACUAGAAUAUGUGGGAAAGAAACUUCUCGUCUUGUCCAUUCCAUCACAAGUGAUGCUUCGGACAAAUUGGGAUACCGAUUUAACCACAAAGCAGCAACGUGGAAGUUGGCUAGGCCCCAAUGA